AGAGAGAGAGAGAGAGAGAUUGGGGCGAGGGAGAUGAGUCUAACUUCAAGCAUCCCUCUUUCUCCGCUGAUUAUUCACUAAAAGCUUUUACUUCACGCUUUCUUUCUUUCUCUCCUCACAAAAACAAAAAUGAAGCUGAGUCUCCCUCCCCCACUUUGAACAUAACCAGCUGUAAAAAGAACAAAAACCAAAAUUCAGUAAAGCUCAACUAAGAACCGGAAAUCGAGCAAAACCCACAUCCCUAUGCAAACAAUGAAAACAACCCACCUCGUGAAAUCCUUCACUUCCUUCUUCAUCCCCAUCUCCUGCUAACCCAUCUCUCUCUUCAUCGUCGUAAACGUUAUGUACAUAUCAGAGAAGCCUCGCCCUUUAGAUUUCUACAAAGAAGAAAACACCGCUUCAUCCAGAGACAUGAUGAUCGAGGUCACCGCCAAUGGAGAUUUGCCGCCGCACCAUCAACACCACCACCACCCCCUUUCCCAUCCUCACCAACACCAGCAGCAAAUGAUACUCGGUGAGAGUAGCAGCGAGGACCACGAGGUUAAGGUCCCUAAAAAGCGAGCGGAGACUUGGGUUCAAGAGGAGACGAGGAGUUUAAUCGCUUUGCGAAGGGAGAUGGACGGUUUAUUCAACACUUCGAAGUCUAACAAGCACUUGUGGGAGCAGAUAUCGGCUAAGAUGAGGGAAAAGGGAUUUGAUAGAUCCCCCACCAUGUGCACCGACAAGUGGAGGAACUUGUUGAAGGAGUUCAAGAAGGCUAAACAACAGGAGAGGACUGCUGGGUCUGCCAAGAUGUUGUAUUAUAAGGAGAUUGAAGAGAUUUUAAGAGAGAGGACCAAAAGUGUCCAGUAUAAAAGCCCUAUUCCUCCUGCCAAAGUCGAUUCAUACAUGCAGUUCUCUGAUAAAGGGUUCGAGGAUACCAGCAUCUCUUUUGGACCCGUUGAAGUUUGUGGUUGUGCAGCUAGUGGCAGGUCGACUCUCAAUCUUGAGAGACGUCUAGACCAUGAUGGGCAUCCUCUUGCCAUCACCGCAGCUGAUGCAGUUGCAGCAAGUGGAGUUCCUCCUUGGAACUGGAGGGAAACACCUGGAAGUGGUGGAGAGGAGCAAUCAUUUGGUGGGAGGGUUAUAUCAGUUAAAUUUGGGAAUUAUACCAGAAGGAUUGGUAUUGAUGGCACCACUGAAGGUAUCAAGGAGGCAAUCAAGUCUGCUUUUGGAUUAAGAACUAAGCGUGCAUUUUGGCUGGAGGAUGAGGAACAGAUUGUGCGGACUCUUGACCGGGACAUGCCCCUAGGCAACUACACUCUCCAACUUGAUGAAGGGUUGGCCAUAAAAGUAUGCCACUAUGAUGAGUCAGAUCACUUACCAGUCCAUACUGAGGAGAGGAUUUUCUAUACUGAAGAUGAUUAUCGUGAUUUUCUGGUGCGCCGGGGUUGGACAUGUUUGAGAGAGUUUGAUGGAUACAGAAAUGUGGAGAAUAUGGAUGAUCUUCAGAUGGGUGCAAUAUAUCGGGGUGUUAGAUGAGAAGAGAAGUGUUGUUUGACCCUUAACUGGUUUUACUGGUUUGCAAAUACUUUCUUGGUUAAUUUUGACAUAAAUUGCCUGGGCACUGCUCUUUGCUUCACAGUGCACCCCAGUGUUUAUA